CAGCAGGAAGACGGUCUGAUGUCCCUUUAAAGGUGGGACGUCCUGUUGUUUACAAGGCUCGGUGCCGCGGCUGCGUCACCACAGACGAGGCUUGAAAAUGAAAACAUUUUCCAAACUCGAUCAAUGACUUUUUACUGCAUCCGAUGAAGCGCUUCUUGAGCUGCCUUCUUUAUUUCCGCCAUUUUUCUAUCUGAGCCAGGGCGACAUUUCCUCGGAGACAACGAUCAAAGAACAUUAUUCUUUUGUUGGUUGGGGAAAAUAACAUACGUAUAUAAUCAGCUUCUGAAUAGAGGAAGCCCCUCCAGUGAUUGCCGGUUCUCUGCAGCCAUGGUGAAGUUAGGGAACAAUUUGACCGAGAAGAGCAAUGGGAAGGCUGCAGCCACAGAUGGCUUCGAUACCAUCCCUCUCAUCACGCCACUCGACGUCAACCAGCUCCAGUUCCCAGCUCCAGACAAGGUUAUAGUUAAAACACGGGCGGAAUAUCAGCCAAGUCAAAAGAAAGGCAAGUUUCAAGCACCGAAAAUUGCUGAAUUUACCAUCAGCUUCACUGACGGGGUUUCGGAGAGAUUCAAGGUCACAGUUCUCAUUCUCUUUGCACUGGCAUUUCUUACCUGCAUAGUGUUCCUGGUGGUGUACAAGGCUUACAAGUAUGAGCACAGCUGCCCAGAUGGAUUUGUCUUCAAGCAUAACCGCUGCAUUCCAUCUGGCUUGGAGACCUACUACUCGGAGCAAGAUUCUGCUUCUCGGGGAAGAUUUUACACUGUCAUCAACCACUACAACUUGGCUAAACAGACCAUUUCACGCUCUGUAUCACCCUGGUUGGCUGCACUUUCUGAAGAGAAAGCAUUGGAGAAGGAAACUGAAGGUGCUGGCAAAACAGCUGAGUAAACUGCCAGGUCUGACCAGCGGUUCCUUGCCAAAAUCACCACAGGAACCAACAUUAGCUGCUUAAUGUACAAGGCACUGACAUUAGCAAGGUAUGGAAGAGUUAAUUUGGUCUAGUUCAGUUUUUCUUCCACUCCUGUUCAUUUUGUUCAUGUUAUUUGUAAGUGUUAAUGAAACUCUUUGCAAGAUGGCAUGCUUGUCUCAUUUUGUUAGGACUUCAACUAGGAAUGCUGUACUUUUAUUAAUCUCAGGUUGUGGAUGUGAAAGUAAAUAAGUAGAAAAGUCCUGCUCCACAUACCAAUUCUCUGGCUAGAUCUUCUAAAAAUGCAAUUAAACUCUUACAUUAAUUAUGCUUUUUUUUAGAUAAAGGGCAAAGUCACCUCCAAAAACCCUGUAUACUAGGUAAUGGAUACUUGAUCAUAUGAUAUGUUAGAUUAGCGAAUUUCUCUUGUAUUGUCAAAUUAGCAAAUACAGCAAAGUAUAUUACUAUGGUUCUGUGUUAACUUAUAAUGUGAAUUGUUUUUUCUUAGAAUAUGAAAGCAGUAAGAGAUUUUAUAAAACAAACCAUUAGAAUAAAAUACUCCAUUCUGUCUGAUGCCAAGAUGUUGAUACAAACAUUGCAUCUAGCUGAAAUUGAGUCCAGGGAAUGGAUAGGUUGGAGUCACUUAUGGAAUUGCAAAUUUGGUAGCUGGAUCAUGGAGAUGAUAUAUUGUCUUAUAACAUACAAGUCUGUUUACAACAAACAGUGUUGAAACUAUGUUUAAACAAAAUGAAAGGCUACCAUUGUCACAGUUUAUUGACAGACAGCUAAGCAGAGCUCCUCUCUAGCACCCCCCACACACCCACCCCAGAAUUUGUAAA